AUGGUGAAGGAGAAGCCUAACUCGAUAAGGAUAUAUGACGACGAGGGGUUUAGGCGCCGCGCUGCUUGUAUAUGCGUACGAUCGGACGCCGAAACCGAGGUGUUGCUAGUGACGUCUUCUCGGCGACCUGACAACUGGAUCGUGCCGGGUGGCGGCGUGGAGCCCGAAGAAGAACCGUCGGUCACAGCGAUGCGGGAGGUGCUGGAGGAAGCCGGAGUCAUCGGCAAGCUGGGGAGAUGUCUGGGAGUCUUUGAGAACCGAGAGCACAAACACAGGACGGAGGUGUAUGUGAUGACCGUUACUCAGGAGCUGGCCGAGUGGGAAGAUUCACGGCUGAUGGGACGCAAGAGACAAUGGUUCUCCAUUGAAGAGGCUCUGGCUCAGCUCGCACUCCACAAACCCAUCCAGCGCCACUAUCUACAGCAGUUGAAGCGCUCCAAGAACAAGUCCGAUGAUGCUAGCUAG